AUGCCCGCACCACUAGCCAAGGGAAUCUUGAUUUCCCUCUCCAUACUUGCCGCUGUCGGGAUAGCAGUGUAUGAGAAUCCUCAAGUUAAGGAAUGGGUAGAAGACCAACGGCGCAAGAUAGCCGAGUUUCUCGGCACCUUUGGAGAUCAGCUCGACCCGCAAUCACGACGAGAGGCAGAAGCAUUUGCCUACAAGGGACGUUUACCUACCCAAAGUCGCGAAGAAGCUGCAGGAACAGCAAAUGCCUUCGCCAGAGCUACCGGAAGAGAGACGACGGACGAUUCAAUUAGCAGGCGAAACGGGACAAGCCAUACGCCGCAGAGUCCUGAUGAAGCCGAGGAGAGAAGACGGCUGGGCAGAGCAUAUCUGGCCAAGCGAACCCAAGAGAUGCUGGACCUGAAGGAGAAGCAGAAGAUGAGGAGGAGCACGUCUGGGCUGUCGGAAAAAGCACCCCCUUCACCAACAUUCGACCAGCUUGUGAAUGUCGACGGCUCAUUGAAGUCAGACGAGAAGGACACACAAGGAGAAGGCGAAGAGUUCAACGAGAAGACUCUCGAGCUGCCCUCGGUGCCAACGGAUGAGCCAAAGUCUCUUCGAAGCAUACCUAUCCAAGAGGCCGCUACAGCCUUCAAUACUGGCUCUCGCUACGCAAAUCCUUUCGGUGACGAGUUCGAACUCUCGGGUACACUGGACUCGCGCUCACCGACACCAAAGCCUCCCGUACCACCCAAGAUUGCUAUCGAAGACACUAGCAAGCUUCGCAGACUGUCUGUCGCACAGAAAGAGCCCUCGGUCAGACAAAUCCCUGUCUUCGAUGAAGAAGACACACCUGCCAACCUCAGCUACGAAGAGCAACUGGUCCGCGCCAUGUCGAUCAGUCUGGCUGAGAGUGAAGAAGCUGCCCGCAAAGCCCGCGCUUUGGAGCAAGAGCAACGCGACAUGGACUUUGCUGAUGCCGUCGCUGCCAGUCUGGCCGAUUACGAGAAGACGAGGCAAAAGGAGAUGCAAGAGGAGCAAAAUAACGAGCUCAUCAACCUCACGCCCGAUCCUCCCGUCUCCGUGCCCACCUAUGAGUACACUGAUGAGGAACUUUAUACAGUGUCACCCAGGGUCCAACCCCGUGCUAUCGUUCCGGCGACGAUCCCUGGGCCCAUCGUCAUCCCAGCCUACGACCCUGUCCACGAAGCCGCCGCUGUCUCUCCUCCCCAACAACAACAAUCACAAACACCACUUCCCCCACACACACCCACUACCGCCAUGUUCUCAUCUCCCGAGUUUGAGCGCGACGCCAUCUCCCUAUCCUCCGCCUCCUCCGCCUCCUCCACCAUCGACGACUUUGCUUCUGCCCCCGGCAGCGUGGCAGCUAGCGAGAUGAGUCUUAUCGACUUUGGCGAGGUGGAAAGCGUGGACAGUGGUGAUGAGAGUGAACCUGAUGGUGUCUUGACACCCGGCAGCUGGACCGAUGUAGGCAGUGAUGUUGCAAGCGAGGACCAGGAGCAUCACAGACUUGCUUGA